AAUCUUGAACCUCCUCCUUGAACAGUAUGGUACCCGCUGGUUUGAAAGCUGCAGGGGAGCUACUGCAGAUCUCCAAAAGUCCCCAGGACUAGCACUGCUGGCGAAAGCUUUCAUCAUGGGGGACAUGAAAACCCCAGACUUUGAUGACCUCUUGGCUGCUUUUGACAUCCCCGAUCCGACUAGCCUUGAUGCCAAGGAGACCAUCCCAUCAACUGGUGAGGAGAAUGAGAAUCACCUGAAGUCAUCAGGAAUCUGCAUAGAUGAGAACGUGUCCUUAUCCCACUCUUUGCCUCCCUCUGAUGCUCCUGUUGUGAGUGUGAUAGUGAAGAACACGAGUCGCCAGGAGUCCUUUGAAGCAGAAAAGGAGGGGAAUCACCUCGGGACUGGUCUGCUACACAAUGGGUUUCGUGGGUCUGAUCUGCCAUCAGAGGCUCACGCUUUAGUGCAUAAUUAUGGCAAGUUUGAGUCAACAUUUAUUAAUGGUGACAGCUCAAGAAGUUACUCUGAUAAACUAGAUCAGUCCAAGUCGGAGCCUUUGCCAACAUUUAGUCAGUUUAGCCCUAUUUCCAGCCCUGAACCAGAGGACGCGUUCAAAGAGAACAGUAUUGGUGAUAAACCCAAACAUGCCCAAACUCCAUAUUUUCCACCGCCUUCUAUGUAUAUACCAACAGGAGCUUCAGUACUAGAUCAUCUUAGGAAGGUACCAGAGCCUGAAUUAAGCAUGUUUGAUCAAUAUUGUAAAAAGGAACAAAAGAUGGAAAUCCACUGCCAGCCAGAGAGUAGGUUGGAAAUGAGCAGGAGAGAGCAAGACAAAGCAGCGGAGAGGUUUGUGGAGUCAAGCAAGGACUUGGUAGAUACCAGUAGCUUUCUUGGAGAAGGCUUGGUGUUUGGAGACCUCCCUCACAAUAAUUUAGGAGAAAGUAAGGGGUCUGUGCCCGAGCUGAACAUGUCUUCAUCGGUACCACCUCGCCAGAGGUUAAAGCCAACUCAUUCAAAGUUGUCAUCCUGUGUGGCGGCAUUAGUAGCUCUUCAGGCCAAAAAGGUUGCAUGUAUUCCAAAAGGUGAUCAGCCAAAUCUUACCAAGGAACCUGGUCCUUUUAAAGAUGGGACGAAGGGAAGUCCAAAAAUGCCCAAGUCGCCAAAGAGUCCCCGAAGCCCUUUAGAGGUGGUAAGGAAGGCCAGCAAGCAGCCUGAGAGUCCUCGAAGCGUGUGCAGCGACAGCAGUGGGAAAGGCUCUCCUUCCAUGGCAGCCGGCUCUCCUCCAGCUAUUCCCAAAGUUAGAAUAAAAACUAUCAAGACAUCCUCUGGUGAAAUUAAAAGAACUGUAACUAGAAUUUUGCCAGAAAACGAUGAGUUGGGCAAAUCUUCAGAAGAGUCGCCUGUGGAAACGUCAUCUGCCGAAGAGUUUAUCAGAUCUUUCCCAUCUCCUGACACUAGUGCAGUUAUGGAAAGCGAGACUAGCAAGAAUUCAACCAAAAACGGGGCUGCUGUGGCUAUCCAGCUGUCAAACGUGACGAGUCCUUAUGCAGACAGUAUGAGAACAGAUAUUACUGGAAACAGCAUGUGUACCGUGUCCUUAUCUCCACUGCCAAACUGCGGUGGUGGUGCUGUAAAAGUAGGUGUUAAGAGGCAGCAGCAAGGUAUCGUGAUGCAGCCGUCCAACGUGACCACCUCUAGCCUUCUUCCUAAAGCCGUGCACUUGGCAAAUCUCAACUUGGUCCCGCAUAGUGUUGCUGCUUCUGUUACAGCGAAGUCAUCCUCACAGAGGCGAAAUCAGCCUCCGGUGACACAGAUGUCUGUGCCACUGGUGCACCAAGUCAAGAAAGCUGCUCCUGUCAUCGUGGAGGCAUUUAAUAAAGUACUACAGAGUGCCAAUCCUGUGCCAAUAUAUACUCCAAACCUUAGCCCUCCGCCUGACACCAGUAUUAAUUUACCUGCCUCUGGCUAUUGUUGCCUGGAAUGUGGGGACUCGUUUGCCUUAGAGAAAAGCCUGACUCAACACUAUAGUAGACGAAGCGUUCAUAUUGAAGUCAUGUGCACUCAGUGUUCAACUAUGCUACUUUUUUUUAAUAAGUGUAGCUUGCUUAAACAUGCAAGAGAUCAUAAGAGCAAAGGAUUUAUCAUGCAGUGUUCUCAGCUACUAAUGAAACCAAUUUCCUUAGACCAAAUGUUUUCACCUUCUCCUACAAGUUCUUCAGCCUCUCUGGCUCCUCAGACUUUGCACUCGCCUUCUCCUUCAUGUAAGCCCAGUGCUGCUUCAGGAGGUGGGGUAGGAAUUUCUGCUAGCACUCAGCCAGCCUUGCCUCUCUAUACGGACCCGUUGAGACUAAUACGUCAUGGACUUAAGUGUUUAGAGUGUAACAAGCAGGCACAGGAUUACAUUGCUUUAGCAGCUCAUUACCAGAGAACCUCAGAAGAUAAUGAGAGACUGACGUGUCAAGUGUGCCAGAUGAUGCUGCCCAACCAGUGCAGUUACUGCGCUCACCAGAGGAUCCAUGCUCACAAGUCUCCGUACUGCUGCCCGGAGUGCGGAGCCGUCUGCCGCUCCGCCUAUUUCCAAACUCACGUCAAGGAGAACUGCCUGCAUUACUCCCGCAAAGUCGGAUUCAGGUGCAUCCAUUGUGGAGUUGUCUUCAUGACCCUCGCCAUGCUGAAAGUGCACAUCCACGAGAAACACUGCGAAGUCUUCCACAAGUGUUCUUUUUGCCCGAUGGCCUUCAAGUCAGCCGACAACACCACAGCUCACAUGACCAGCCAGCACCCAGCAGAGCCUCACAAGACUACUCAGGUGAUCUACAAAUGCUCUUGCGAGACUGUCUUUAACAAGAAGAAGCUGCUCCAAGAGCACUUCCAGCAGAACACCAACAAGUUGUUAGUGGGAGUGUUUAAGUGCCCGCAGUGUCAGCUGGUGUAUAUGCAGAAACAGCAGUUAAUGCAGCAUGUUAAGGGAGUUCAUGGAGUUCCCCAAAAUCCCGAGGAGCUCUCGAACUUCCGACAAAAGUCUGAGAAGGCAUCAAGGAACCAGGUUCAUACCCCACCAAAGGAGCUGUCGGUCAAUGGGACUUCCCACUCCUCUCUGCUGAGGAAGGACAUGAGGGUGGAAGGGUACAAUCCCGAAUCCAAGUCCAGGCUGAGAAGAACUGGUUGGACUUGCAAGGAGUGUUCACAGUGGAUCCCUGACCGGGAAACCUAUGUGUCCCACAUGAAGAGAAGUCAUGGAAGGUCUAUGAAGAGAUAUCCCUGUCGACAGUGUGAACGCUCAUUUAAUGCCUCCAACAGUCUGCGUAGACACAUCCGCAAUAAUCACGACACAGCAAAGAAAGUUUAUACUUGCUGGUACUGCACAGAUGAAAAUCAGACAUUUCCUCAGCCAUUCAUGCUGGAGAAUCACAUCAGCCUCAUGCACGGCAUCAAAAACCCAGACUUAUCCCAGAUGGCCAAAGGAAAAGCUCCAGAGAGAGACACAGCAGAAGCAAAAUCUCCAAAGAGGAUGGCAACAGAUGAGCUGGGUCAGGCAGAGACAGCUGCGGGUUCAGACGCGCCGCCAGCCAAAAAACUGAAAGCGCAUUGGAAAUGCGCUAAAUGCGGAUUUGCGACAGACAUCAGUACUGAGUUUCAGGAACACAUACCUCGGCACAAGACAGACAGCUCCACCUACCAGUGCUUGUUCUGCGGCUUGUGCUACACCUCUCACAUCUCCCUGAACAGACACCUCUUCAUUGUUCAUAAAGUAAAAGAUGAGGAGGAGGAGGAGGAAGAGGAGGAGGAGGAAGAGGAGGAGGAAGAAGAGGAAGAGGAGGAAGAGGAAAGGGAGAAGUUACAAAGGGAGAUGAGUGAGAAUGGACAUGAGGGGUAUAAUGGCGAGAUGAACACUACGGCGGAAGAAGAAAACCUGAAAUGCAAAGAGUGCAAAAGUGACUCAGCUCUUUGUGAACACAGUCAGACAUGUGGUGUGGAGGGUCCUAAUAGCACCUCACAGAACAAUCAUUCAAAGUCUCUUAAGACUUAAAAACAAACAAAAACCCUUUUGGUUGGUCGGGGUUUUUUUGUUGGGGGGUUUUUACUCAAAAUACAGGGUGGGGACGGGGCAAAUCUUUGAAAUAUUCUGUUGAUUUCUUGGGAUGGACAUUGCUUUCCGUUAACUUCUAUUUGUAAGGGAAAUUUAAAAAAAGAAAAAAACCCUGCCAUUGCAUCCUAAGCACUAACUCUCUGCCAGACCAGAGAGGUGAAAAGGGAAAGCAGGGCGAGAAUCCUCACUGGAGCUUGUCCAACUCCUGAGGGUC